CGUGUCGUCGGUACACCACGUGGAGACGCCCCGGACACGUCUAGUUGCGUCGCGUCGUUUCGGCUCCUCGAAUUGAUUCGUCAGAAGUUGCGCGAAUGAGGUGAUAUAAAAACGAGAUCUUCGAUACUCAACCAAUAUUUUUCUUAAAAGUUCCACGAUUAAUUAAUUGAUUCUUUACCUCGAUUCGCUUUGACGAGAAAACGUUCUUCGUAAAUCAGCCCACAUCGAAUGCCCACGGUGAAUCCUUCCUUCGCUACAUCACUUGCCGAAUAACUUUCAAACAGAAUGCCAGCUCCACCCAGCUCGACAUCAGUAGGCACAGGUGGUCGCUCACCGAGUAAAGUAAUUGCACCUCGUACCAGUGGCACUGGGAGUGUCAGGCAAAGAAAGACGACGUUAGCAACGUCUGCUAGAAACCGAACUACCGGUACUGGUUCUGGUGGAAUGUGGAGGUUUUACACGGACGACUCUCCUGGCAUUAAGGUUGGUCCAGUACCAGUUUUAGUAAUGUCCCUCCUAUUCAUCGCUUCUGUAUUUAUGCUUCAUAUUUGGGGUAAAUACACUCGUUCGUAAAGUUGGAUCGGCGUUUUAAAUACAUCAUUGGAAAAUUGUAUGCGACUCAACAGCUGUGGUUAGACACAACCAAUUUGCAUGGAAAACCAAGAAACAAUUUUCAUUCUCGGAAAUAGUUUAUUAUUUAACUUGUAUUAUAUUCCAGAUAGAUGUAUAAGGAUGAAAAUAAUUAGGUUAUUUACUAUCUUAGAGGGUCUGUGAUGACAUUUUGUACAGUGAUACACAUUAUUGCAUUUUGUCUCAAUUAAACAGCAAACAACAUAAUUUUUUCCUUUAAUACUAAAUGUUCUUUAAAGAAGUUGAUACUGCAAUUAAGGUGAAGUGAAACACGUUGAUAAAUUCACUGACGACGGUAAAAAAGAUUCUUCUAAAUACCUACAUUACCGUUGUUCAUAUUUAUAUUGACAGCUUUGUCGAAUUAUAUUGGGUAAUGCACUAAAUAAUAUACUUCAUAAGAUGUUUCUGUAUAAUAAUUACAAAAUCAAAGUAAAGUUCCAGAAAUCCCCUGGAUUUGUGGUUUUUGAGGUUCUAAUGGACUACAGAGACCACCCUGCACCAUCUCUGAUUUCCAUGUGUGCUAACUAAAUUUUCUUUCCGAGACCUCAUGUUACCAUCGUUUUAACAUGCAGGCGUAUAAGACACUUUUUUGCCUUUAUCCCGUUCAAACGCGAGUUUCUCAAUUACCAGUGUUCUGAAUUGUACAAUUGUCCUGACACUUUCGUUUCUCGUACCAGAGCAUUCAAUAAUUGUAUAUCGAUCGAAAUAUGAGAGCUCGACGCCAUUUUAGUACUGAUCUGGGCAAAGUAAAGAAAUUGCAUUUCGAAAAUCCAAAUUUUUGAAGUGCCAGGAUAAUUCAUGGUUGCUCAUGAGUCAUGUGUCAAAGUUUCAGAUAGUUCGGUCCAAUACCCUUAAAGGAAAGUGUCUUAUUCUACUGUCUUUAGGGGGGUUCCACUUCACCUUAGUCCUUUAGUAACCCUGAAUCCGCCACCUUGAAUAAUGACGUCAAUCAAGGAAAUCGCAUGAAAUUCCCAGCCAGUAUUUUUUCGAAACAAUUGACAUUUCCGGGCAAAAACUAGCAUUCGAAGAAACUAGAUAUUUAUAAAAUGUAUCAGUGGGUCAGUUUUUGACGGAUCAUGCACUAAGAAAUGAGAUAAUACUUUCUGAAAAUCGACCUGUCAAGGCCAAUGACAAUGCAGGACAAUAAUAACAAGGUAGACACGAUAUCAUCACAAACACGGACCGACUGACACAUUUUACACAUUCACUUAUUAUUUGGUCACCGACAACUUGGCGAAAAAAAAAAAGAUAAUUGGCAAGAAUACCCGGAGACGAAUUUCAUGCGAUUUCCUUGUCUCUGACGGCAUAAUUCAAGAUGGCCGACUUGCGGUUACAGAGCCCUAAUGUCUAUGAAAUUCUAUGCAUGGACGUAUAAUAUAUGGACCGCUCAUUGAGUGACGCUCCCAGAAUGGUGAGAGAAAGAGAACUACGGUAAUCGAGUCUACGCUUCUCUGUGCUGGUCGCAUACGCAGUAAGUUCUUGAGUUGGUUUACAGCAAUGUACACAUUCACAUACGCAAAUUACUUCAAUGCGCACCCCUGUUGCACAGACAAGCGUCGACCCGAAAGCCACCGUUCUGUUAGACCCAUUCAGAGCCAUAUUCAAAUAUAGGGAGCGAGCGGUCCAUAUAUUGUACGCUCAUGAUUCUAUGCAAUUUGUCCUAGCCUAAGUCACUCAUGGUUGGACACUCGAUUCUUGAGGCCAAAUAUAAAAAAUUUGCAUCGACAGAAAACAAACCGAUCCUUAGAAUCCUAAGGUCAGUUCCACAACCAAGGUUAACUCGAGUUGUGGGGUUAACUGGUUAACAGUAGAUUGAAACUGAAUAUAAAUUAGUUAAACUUCGAUUAACUCGAGUUGUGGAAUCGGGCUUAAGAGAUAGUAAAAUCGUUUCAUAAAAUUUAUAUAAUGCUGCCUGAAUUUAACCAUAAAAUUUGAAACCUUAACACAUUUUCAUUGCAUUUUCCAUCUUGCGUCUACAAAGUCCUGAAUUUGAUCUUAUGAGUACAAUGAUAAGAUCGAUUAACACAUCGAGGAACUGCAAGAGAUGUGUGUAAAAACUCUAUAUAUUGAGGCGUACUACUUGAUAAAUAAACUUCUUGUGUAUUUAGCUUGUGUUAUGUACAUGCCUGUGUAUACUUAACGAAAAUUAAGGUAAUCUCUUGUUAUACAUGAAUUGAAAAAUAUACAAACCUUGUAUCACGCGUA